UCAAGAGGUCAGAAUUUUCUGUGGUCCGACAACAUGAGGAAUUCAUUUGGCUGCAUGAUGCUUAUACUGAGAAUGAAGAUUAUGCCGGCAUUAUUAUCCCAUCUACUCCACCAAAGCCGGAUUUUGAAGCAUCCAGGGAAAAACUGCAGAAGCUGGGAGAAGGUGACGGCUCCAUGACACGGGAAGAGUUUGCCAAAAUGAAACAGGAACUAGAGGCUGAAUACCUAGCCAUCUUUAAGAAGACAGUUGCCAUGCAUGAAGUAUUUUUACAGCGUCUUGCUGCUCAUCCAGUUCUGCGGAAGGACCAUAACUUUUAUGUCUUCCUGGAGUAUGACCAAGACCUCAGUGUACGAGGCAAGAACAGAAAGGAGAUCUUAGGAGGCUUUCUAAAAAACAUUGUGAAAAGUGCUGAUGAAGUGUUAAUAACUGGCCUUUCUGGAACUAAGGAAGUAGAUGAGUUUUUUGAGCACGAGAGAACAUUCCUGGUGGAGUAUCAUAAUCGAGUAAAGGAUGCUUGUAUGAAAGUUGAUAAAAUGACUCGCUCACAUAAAAAUGUGGCUGAAGAUUACAUUCCAAUAGCAUCUGCUUUAAAUGCUCUGGGAACCCAGGAAACUAGUCAUCUGAACAAAAAUCUUCUGAAGCUGGGAGAGCUGCUGGAGAAACUGAGGAAACUGGAAGGUCGAGUUGCUUCAGAUGAAGACCUGAAACUCUCUGACUUGCUAAGAUACUAUACAAGAGACUCACAAGCUGCAAAGGACCUGUUGUACAGGAGGCUGCGAUCACUAGCAGAUUAUGAAAAUGCCAACAAAGCACUGGACAAGGCCAGGAUGAAAAACAAGGAUGUGAAGCUGAUGGAGACACAGCAACAAAUUUGUUGUCAGAAAUUUGAAAAACUCUCUGAUUCAGCCAAACAAGAACUAAUUAAUUUCAGAGCACGGAGAGUUGCUGCCUUCCGGAAAAACAUGAUAGAACUCACAGAACUGGAGCUGAAGCACGCCAAGGCCAGCAUGUUACUGCUACGGAAUGGUUUAAUUGCACUUAAAGGAGAUCAGUGACCUGGACGGCCAAGCCAUACCCAAAAUUCCAUCUUUCUCAUGUCACACUGCUGACAACAUCUCUUCCACAGUGGAAUACGUUUGAAUACAGAGAGCUGCACUUUUUGGUCAUUUUUAUUAUUUUAGAAAUGGUUUUACAUUCAGAUCAUUCUUUUAGAUGGACUUGUGCAGAGUUCUGCACAGUUACCACCAAUGGUCAAAGGGAACAGUAAACGAGUAGAAAAUUACUAUUAUUUUGAAGGGAAAUUGGAUAAAGAUAGAGUUUAUGCCUGAUUUACAAUAUUUCAGUGAGUGAGUAUAUGUGCGUGUAUACGGUCAUGCACUUGCACAUGUUUGUUUGUGUAUAGUACACUGUGUAAUGAUACAUUAGAAACUUCCAUUCUUAUACAUUCCAUAAUUUGAAACUUGCACAGACACAGUGUAGAGAGCUGCUUUGGACCUCUGCGACCCUUUCUAAAUACAUCACUACAGUCUCCUAACUCUAUCUAUGGCUAGCAAUGAUAAAAGGAAUCAUAAAUUAUAAGUGUGCCAAAGUAAGUGUGCACUUGAUAUGCUGAAGCAGUGCCAGUUUUUUUUGGUACUUAGUAAUCCAUUUGCUGAAUGAACUCUUUAUGAAAGAAGAAAUAUUCCAACAUCUGGAAGAAUUAUUUGUAAAGUAUCAUAACUGUGGGACUAAUUGUUUUUGGAGUUAUCCAGUUGUGAUUGUUAGUAAACAAAUUUCAGGGUAACAGCCCUAUGGUUAGCAGCCCAACCUAGUGGUUAGUAAACACUGUAAUGCUACUGGCUGUGGAUGUCAUUGCCUAGAAUGCCAGCCAUGUCGUGUGCACAAUGUCUGUACCACGAAUCUGCACAUGAACACAAUUAUAUUUUGUUAAUGCUUGCUGUGUUUUAUAUCAGGGCUGUUUUGUGUUGACCUAGAGCUGAAAUUAUUGUGCCAGAGUUAGCCCAUGCAGUGGAAUCGAUGAGUCAAAGGACUACUGCAAUGGAAACUAGUGAAUCCCUACACUGAAAGUUUUUUUUUUUUUUUUUGCUUGUUUGUUUCCUAUGAGUAGUUCUACAGUCAGGGUAUCCAUUCACCAGAACCCUAAUGUGAUAAUUGAAACAAUACAAAUAGUCAUUUUGAGAUAGCUGCUUAAUGCAAUUCCAACAAUAAAAAAUGCCUGGUUGUUGCAGAAGAGAAGAAAUGUCCUGUCUUCCUUGCAAGUGAAGCUAAAGGUACUACAAAAUAAAUUAACUUGAAGAAAACAUUUAGUUAGAAAAGCAGUUAAAUGGAAGACAGGGAACAUGUACAUUCUGAAACAGUCUAGCUUUCUUUAAUCUGUCUGCUUGUUUUUAUGCACACACAAAUAAUUUUCCAUGUAUAUCAAGUUGGUUUAUAACAGAAAGUACGGCUGAGGCUUUCUAUUUGUCUCUGAUUAGCUUUUUCUUUAUUUUUUUUUCUUUUUCAUUGUGUUACAAUGAAAUCUUUCCAGCUGCCUUCAGGGUUUAUUUUUUUAUCUGCAUCUUUCUAGACAUCUCCAGUGAUGUCUUUUUCUUUAGGCCUAUCCUAUCAUCCCCACUAGCUCUGUCAGUUCCUAUUCUCUACUGCCUUGUACCUUGGGGGUAUUUUCUACCAGGAAUUGGGAGACUUCUGUAAUCAUUUAUAGUCAUUAGUAAUGGGGCGGUAUGGUUGGCCUGCAUUAGCUAUACUCUCCAAUAAACUCCUGUAUGCUGUGCUGCAGACCAGAUGUUGAUUACUGACUAUUGAAGGCGGGUAAUACUAUAGCAAUAACCCACGCCUGGGUGUGGGUAAUGCUGGAUUUACC